AGCUUUCGGACCGGGAGAGGCCCUGGGGGAGUGACAUAAGCUGCUGUGGCGCCGACACGCUUGUACUCGGACGGUCACUGCGACCCGACCAGCUUACUUUGUCCUCUCAGCCUCUGCUGCCCUAUCCCACCCACAGCCAGCCAGUCAAGGUAGUAGUACGCCAAUCCCCCGAAUACUCCAUUUGUUUCUUUCGUUCAAGCCAAAAGCACUCGACUGGUCUCUGCGCGGGUCCGCACUAAACUCCGCUUCCGUGUUUCACGACUAGAGGGAUCCUUAGCCUCGACGCACAACUCUUCACUUCACUCCGUUCUCAGGCUUCAGAAUGGGUCAGAAUACGUCUAGGCAGCGUGGUGCCCAUGAACAAGAGCAGCGACCCACAGGCGAGACGACUGUCCCCACAUCAUCAUCAUCAUCAUCGCCGUCGUCGUCUCCCCAAACGCCGGUCGCGGGCUCGUCGUCAUCACGCCCCGCCACCGGCCCCAACAUCGCCAACCCACUUCCCGAUUCGCCAUCCCAAUCCCAAUCACAAGAUGAGCCUCCCGUAACCCAUGCCGAAGCGAAACGAACGAGGCGGAAGAGUGUGCUCAGUGCGUUCACGGGCGGGAAUGGUAGUAGGUUCGGGAAGACGCCGUCAGCGUCAGCGUCGGCCUCGGGGUUGUCGAGCUCGGGAUCGCGCCCGAGGCUGGAUAGUGCGCCGUCGAGCGUCUCUGGGAGCGCUCGGUCGUUGAGGAAAAGGUGGCGUAUGUCUCGACGGGGAACGAAGGCGAACGAAGGGGACGAACAGGACGUGCGUAUGAACGGAGGGACGGAGGAUAAUAUCGUGGCGGGCGCGCCUGUUGUGGCCGCUGAUAAGGGCAAGGAACGCGCUCAGGCUGUCGAUCCUACCGCAAUACCAACGCCAAUAGCGACGGGCGAGGUCUCUUCGCCGUCUGUUAUACCGGACUCUGUCGUCGCUGCGCCGGCGCCAUCGACUAGCACGCAGAGCGCCACGAGCCCUGCACCCGUCGAAGCCCCUGUACCGCCGCCUUUGAACCCUCAACCCUCGACUCCUCAGCCCGAAACAGCUGCUGCUUCAAUUACCGCGCCAUCUGACACUACAGCUUCGAAUCCCGCUCCUAUUGCGACUCCGACAGCAGACGCUCAAGAACCUCAACCACAACAGCAGCCACAGCCACAGCCACCCCGCGCUUUCCCUCCCGCGGGCACCCUCGUCGUCGUCCAAGGCGUCGUACACACCACCGAUGUCGCACCCACACCUAUCAACACCCACCCCACCGACACCAGCGACAGCACCACCAAUACCAACCUCACCGCCGAUUCCGCUCACCACAGACGUUCCUCAUCUGUUCCCUCCCGCUCCUCAUCUAUCCCUGCCGGAGGACUGAACAACAGGUCCCGCACCAGGCUGGGAUCAUUGAUGCCACGUCCUAUGCGUUCCAGGCCUUCGUCGUUCGCUGCCUCUGGGAGUGGUCAUGCGAAUGUGAACGGAUCGUCGACUUCUGUGCUUGAUCGUCCGGACACGGCCGAUUCGUCUUCGAGAAGGAAUGCGUCGUCCCAUCUGAACGAGUCGAGCGCGACGAGCGAGGAGCCCGAGAGUUCGCCGACUGCUGCUGCCGCUCCUGCGCCAGCACAAGUAACGUCGAACGAACCACCAAGACCGGCCGCCUUGUCGCCUACUAGUAUCGAUGUUCUCGGGACACUCAUUGGCCUCGCCACAGCGGCCACUGCCGCCUCCCUCGUCACCGGCUCCUCCGACCCUCUCUUCCACUCCGGACUCGCACUCCCAGGCUCAAUGGGCCUCCCACACCCACAUCAACGUCAUGGUAAUGGUCAUGGCCAUGCCCACCAACCCUCCACGUCCUCGUCCACAGCCCCUAUCUCGCCCAUCUCACCCAUCUCACCUAACACUCCCAGCCCCAACUCUACAUCUGCCUUCACACCUUACAACCCUCCCGCGCCGUUCAUGAGUAACCCACUGCGAAACAGCGAAGAGGGUCAGGAGCAAGGACAAGGAGCGGCGGAGAUAUCGCCGACGAGUCGUCCGACUUCGCCUACUCCGACUGCGGGACUUGGAGGCAGCGGGGCUGGGAGUUUGAGGAAUACGUGGGGAAAUAUCAGGAAUAGAUUGGGAUUGAGCGAUCGGGCUUCUUCGUCGAACGUGGGUGCGGGUGCUAGUUCUGGUGCGGGCGGAAGUGGGUUUGGGAGCUUAGGGACCGGGGCUGGUGCUAGUGCUAGUGGUGCUGGUGGAAGUGCUGGUGCUGGUGGCGCAGGUGCUGGUGGGAGUGGAUUCGGGAGCUUCGGCGCUGGGUUGGGCGCGGAGAGGCCGAGAGACGCGAGGUCGCAGUUAAUGGCGGAGAUGGAGAGGGCUCUGAACCUCGGGAUGGGACUCAGGGGCCCUCCUCCUCCAGGUACGGCAUCAUCAACGACAGGUGCUGGGACUGGCGCGGGUGGCGAAGGUGCUUUGGCAGGGGAGCAUCCUAUCCCAGAUCACCCGCCCCUCGAACCGUACCGCCGCCAUCAUCAUCAUCAUCACCAUGGUCUCGGUGGGCUCGGUGGGUUUGGCGGUGGAGGUGGAGAGCAGGACCAUGGGAUGCAGUCGAUCGAGGUGAAUCUGAGCGCGAUGAGGGACGCGAAUAGGGAGCCGCCGAUGGGGGAUAGCUUUGAGAGGUUUUUGUGGGAUUUGCAGGUUGAUCUGAGGAGGACGUUGGGAGAUGAGAGGACGCUGGGGGCGGAGGAGGGUGCGAAUGCGAGUGUUGGCGAGCCUGUCACCGCUCCUGUUACUGGGCCUGCAGACGCUGAUGUGGCGACGGUGAACGAUGCUGAUGCUCCCGAGGACGCACCGUCGUCGGUUCAAGCUCAAGUCUCUUCCUCCCCUGUUGAUCCUGUUGAGGAGGGUCAGUCUUCGUCUUCUGGACGGCCUGGCAGUUUGACUGUUCCUGGGACUUGGCCGGAGGAUAUGCCCGCGCAGACGGUUCCGAGCGAGGAUACACCCGCGCAGACAGUCCUGAGCGAGGAUACGCCUACGCCUGUUUGCUCGAGACCAGCUUCGAGGGCGGGUUCGAUCCCUCCGUUGGAGAGUAUUUCGGGGGCGAGCUCUGAAGAGAGUGAGGGUGAGGGUGAGGGUGCAGAUGCUCCAGAGGUGGAUACGUCUGCGUCGGGGUUGGGUUCUGCGUCGGGAGCUGGGCCUUCUGUGGCAUCUACGUCUGCUGGGACCACACCGACGACUGGCACUGGUGCUGUACCGCCGCCUUUCGUAGGAGCUACGCCAGCGCCCUUCGCAGGACAUGCAGCUCCGGUCAAUCCUGCUGCCUCUCGUACUGUUUCCGGAUCAGAACGCAGACCGAAUGGUGGGAUCAAUUGGUGGAGAAUGUAUAGGUUCCCGCCUAUGACUAUUCCUCCUGGACAGCAACCUGGUCCGAAUGGCGCUGUGCCAAUACCGAUGGCCACAGCUGCUGGAAUUCCUACGGGCCCGACCCCACUGUCACCACUACAAGUACCAUUAUCUGAACCUGUACCUUCCGCCACCACCGCCACACCAUCGGCAUCAGACACGAACGCUGGUGAACCCUCUAUCGUCGUUCCCGUCAUUCUAGUCUCGCUGCAGUCGGUGAACAGUAACGGACGAGAUCUGCCCACGCCUGGUUUCCCCGGUCCACCACCGCCCGAAGAUAUGGGAGAUGAGAUGCCUCCGAACGAUGUGGAAGGUGAUGUGAAUGACGGUCCAGGGCUCGGUGGCAGCGAUGAAGGUGAAGGUUCAUACUACGACGAGCCCGGGACAAGACCAGGAACGCCAGGCGCGGGUGCCAUCGCAGGUUCGUCCGCUUCAAACCGUCGCUGGCGUAACCGCGCCUCCAACGCCCUCCGUAAUCUCCGCCCCGCUCGUCGUACCAACGAUCCCGCUUCCGCCGCUUCAAAUGGCGUCGGGACCUCGCGAACGGGUCGAACGGCGGCGGACGGGGUGGGCUCGACGACGUUCUUCAUCUAUGUCAUUGGAGGGUAUUAUCCGCCGAAUCAUCAUCUCGUGACGGGCACGGCGCCGCUGGACAGUUUCGAGGCGUUGUGGGAGCUGGCGGAGUUGUUGGGGCAGGUGAAGCCGCCGACGGCGACGAGGGAGGAUAUUGAGAGGAGUGGGUUGGAGAUUAUUAGGGCGAGUGAUUUGGAGAGGUUGGAGAGCGAGGGGAGGGUCGCGAAUAAUUGUGUGGAUCGGUGCUUGAUUUGUCUGGAGGAUUAUGCGCCGGAGGAGGAGCUGAGGUUGAUGUCGUGUAGGCAUACGUUCCAUAAGGAUUGUGUGGAUAAGUGGUUGGAGACGGGGAGGAACAAUUGUCCGGCUUGUCGGUCUCAGGGUGUGGAGACCACUUCAUCCACGGAAUCACCAGCAGAGGCAGCUCCUGCACCUGCUGCCCCGCCACCAGAGCCAGCGUCCGCCUGAGGUAUCGUUCUGUCAGGCUUUCACGUUUCUCCAUACAUGUUUUCUUUUCCCAUUCGUUGAUGUAAGCAUAUCUGUAAAUCCCAGUCGGACUCUCGCACGAUGCUAUCGUUUUCGUCUCCUUCUCUCGCUUCCAAUCCAGUACAGUAUUUAAUACACCACAUCAGUUCCUCGUUUCUCAGCUGCCUCUCUCGUCCUCUACUCGUCGAUAUCCUUCUUGUUUAGUUGUUUCGUCUUUCUUGUACAUAACACCUUUCUUGAUACCGGUGUCCAUAUGGGCUUCUCUUCUUUUCCAGCCUCUUUUUUUUGUUUUCAUUUUUUCUCUUCUCUACAGUUUCAGCUCGAUCUACAUCUCGCACUCCACUUUUCUCUUCGUUUUCUUGCCUCAUCUGCGUCCCCUCUCAUGCCUCUCAUCCUCUUGUCCUUGGCCCUGGCUAUCAUCUUUGGCGGGCCCGUCUUUAUCAUAGGUACUUCGACUUUCUUCCAUCGGUAUAUUCUUUUUUCUCGCUCGUCGAGAACACUCCACUCCACUCCACUCC